GCAACGUCUUGUACUAUCUUUGACUGCAAGAAACAACUUAGGCUAUUCGGAAGUUCAAGUUAUUCGUUAAAGUUCGGUUUUUGCUCUGACCGCUGUCUGGUCUACACUGACCGAAAGUGUUACUUAAUUGUCAAGGCCAAUUUUAGCUUUAAAGCAGCGACAAAAACAAAAUAAUGUGCGUUCAUCAAUUGUAAUACUAGAUCUUAGGCGCGGCGAAAGGAAGGAGGUUCUGAUAAUUGUUUAUUUUGUGUCACUUGUGAGGAAGGCUGGAAGGGUCAAAAGUCAAAGGCCAAGAGAAGUUGAUCGAACAGAGAAGAGUCGAUCUCUUCAUAAAGAGAGUGCAUUUUGAAUCUGAAAGGUAGAAGUCCUUUCCUUCCCGUUUUCCAAGAGAAAAUUGAAUCUUCGUGGAGAGAAAAAUGACAAAACAAAGCAUGAAAGUUAGAGAAACUUCACUUCACUUGAUGAUGAUAAUGUUGGCAGCUUUCCCUGGGCUUUGCUGGGGAAAUCAGAUGGACCCUCAUGUAUAUCCAGAUCAAGGUCCUUUCUUUGAAGGAUGGUACAUGAGGAUAAUUGAUGCCGGCAAUGAACGUUCUUUCGGAUGGUUGUUUGGACGUGUCCUUCCUACUAAAAGUGCCUCUUCAGUUCCAUGUGAAGAUGAAUCAUUGAAAUUACUUUUUACCUCUGAGAGAUGUAAGGAGGUAAGAGAUAAUGUGAAGAAUAACUUUAUGAAUGGAUCCCUUCCUCUUGUGUACUCUAGCUUGUUGAUCAAUUCUGGCCCGAAGUCAAAGCUUCAAGCUGUCACUGGUUUCUUUGAGCCUGAGGAUUACGUCAUCACAAAAAAGGGAAAACCAGUUGAGGAGAACCCUGAUGAUGCGACCCCACCUAGCUUUGAAGCUAAAAUUGGAGACAAUGUCACCUUUGUUGUGAAACCGAGUGGCACCACCUUCUCUUUGACCGUAGGAAACAUUGUUCUCCGUGGAUCCACCUCUAGUCCUGUUCCUUGGGGGCCAAAUGGGGAGGGUCCAGAGGGUUGGUUAGAAUAUCUGCCCUUGCCCAUUCAUUGGUUUGUCUACAGUCUAAGGUCAAACGUGGUUCACUAUGAAUAUAUCAACAAACUGACGGGACAGACUUUAAGUGGACCUGACCACAACGGUGUUCCAGUCGUGGCUCACAUGGAGAAGGACUGGGGGAAAAGUUUUCCCAAAGCUUGGAUCUGGUCAGAAGGAGUGGACCCAUGGACAAAUGUCUCAUUUGCUAUCUCGUCAGGGAUUGUCACAGAGUUGGGUGUCGACCUGAAAGCUCAACUGUCAGGGUAUAGAAACCCCAAUAAGGGAAUUCACUGCAGCUUCUCCCCAGCCAACAGUGUCCAUCACUUGACGAGUGACGGUUGCUCAAACACUGCAACUCUAGUGUCCGAGAGCCUUGAGUGCAAAGUUAUUUACCAAUUGUCAGCUCCUCUGGGCUCGUUUAGCGAUUGUCUGUUUACACCACAGUACAAAGGCUUCAGACCAGGCUGCUUAGAGAGCUAUAGAGCAGUGGCUAACAUUACCGUAUACCAGAGACAUUUUGUCGAGAUGGAGCUCACUGACCAUCAGGUGGUCAAGUUGGCUGCUCUGGAGUUUGGAGAGGAGUACAUGUGUCAUGGGAAAUGUCCUCCCAAAAGUGAGCUUUGAUGUUAUAUUGUUUGUUUUUCGUAUUGUUGCAGCUAGAAAAGAGAACAAUGAAAUGUGAUAUUGCUUUAUCAUAAUACUCCGAAAUAUCUUUAUUGUUAUACAUGUUUACCUUGUUUUCUAAGGUUUUCUACAUUGUUAUAAAUUUGGUAAGUUAUUUGCAAGGAUUUUAAAAGAUAUCUUCUUCAUUAGUUUUUAAGAAAUAAAUUAGUAAAUGUUUUUCCUUGGUCCAUCGUCAAAGAAAAUUUGUAUAUUCAUCAUUAGAAUAGGUGUGUGCUGAACAGUUUUACUUGCUUGGAGGAAUGUCGGGUAUCAUCGGAGAUAUCCCGAUAAUAAACUGAUUUUUAAAAUACUGUAAGACAUUUAUAAAUUUCUCUUUUCAUCAAUUUCUGAAUAUUAAAAAAUUAUUAUUAUGGACCUUUCUCAAAUGUCAUGUUUCUUGUGAAAGGAAUGCCACUUGCUUUCUGACCUAAAUUGACAGCCUAGACCUCUAUCUAUAAAUGAUAUUGUAUUGAGAACAAAAAAGUUUCCUUUGAACGUGAUAAAAACAGAAAUGCCAUGAAAAGUUAUAGUGUUUGAUUUGAGCCUCUGAACUUUGCAUUUUUCUUUCACAGAGGAAGCUGCUUGUGUCUCUGUUAGUUAGUGAAUGUUUCUAGAACAUAUUUUCAAGGCUGUGCAGGCCUACAGUUUACACAGUAUUGAUCUCAUCUCUUUUGAAUGUGUAUUCUCUGUCCAUUGAUGUAACAGAUUGCUUUUUUUUUUCACCUCGUCUUUCUCAUUUUCUGUGCCAUCUAUGCAACCAGUUUUAAGGAUUUUUUUAGUUUGAUGUGUUUAUCUUCUAGGGAAAUGUUUGUUUGUGUGUUUUGUAGUGUAGGAGCUCUAUGUUAGCAGACAUGCCUGAAUUUUUAGAUUAUUGUUGUAGAUUAUUCAGUAAAAGGACCUGCUUCAAGGGCUGGAGAGAGUCUUGCCUGUUUGUCAAAUGGCUCAGCUGUUUUGAAAGUGACAUAAAGUUCAAUUGUUCCUGCACAUGUAAAGUUACGUUUCAGACCGCACAAUCUCUAUGACCAUACCAAACUUUUGUUUCUUGAGGCUGGACUGAUCACAGGCCUAGAAACAAGAGAAUUCCUAUAUAUCAAUUGACA